AUGGGUGGCGCAUACAAGAUUUUCGGUAGAACCUUCCAACCUCAUCAACUGGCAAUUGCCACGUUGACUACAGUCGCAGUCAUUGCAGCUCCUAACCCAUUUGCUGCCAAGAAGCCAAAGGUAGCCGAGAUUAAGGCAGAAUCUGCUGAAGAAGAGGCUUUUAUCAAGACAUAUAUCGAGAAACACAGUGCUGAGGCAAAGUAA